AUGAUUUUGUUGUUUACGUUGUACCUACGAAAGAAUGCAGAAAAACAAACGAGAGUUCAAGAAAUGUUGCAGAUACAGCUAAGAAAUUAAACCUGAACGAAGCGGACAAAUCAAUCAUUGGAGUAUUAUAGCGCACUCCCGGGGUGGAGCUCUUAAUCUGUGAGCUAGCAGUGCUUCAAACUGGAUACCAUCGUCGGCCCACAGUCCAAUCCGUACCGUGCGGGUAAAGUUCAAAUGCACUCCUACGAUGUGGAACCGGAAGAGCAGAAUAACGUUCCCGAUGCGUUCUGUACAGAACGGAUACGAUUUCGCCGGCUACGGUCGCAAAACAUUGUGCAUCGUUUAAGGAAUCGGGAAACGGGUUACCGACACCGCACCCCAAAGCAUGCCGUCCGGGAACUAUACCAGAAUGUAUAUCCGAAUUUAACCGUCGUUAACGUAGAGCGACCUCCAUGCUACCUGCGGAAGUUCAGUCCGGACGGAAAGUAUCUUAUAGCGUUUUCGUCCGAUCAGGCGGCAUUAGAAAUCUACGAGUAUCAAGGUUGUGCGGCGGCCGGAGAACUGCUUAGCAAUUGGGACGAUACCGAGCUGAUGGUGGAUUAUGAACCUGGAUAUAGUAGCGUCAUAAGGGCUAAGAUAUUUGACCAGCUAUUUAAGCUCAAGCAUGUGGUAAACCUGGAAAACCACGAGAAACACCUGAAUCGGGAGUGUAGCCUGUUCACGAAUGAUGGCCGAUACGUUAUAGUGGGAGCUGCUUCCUUCAUACCGGAAGAAAACCGCCCCAACUUCUACGAACUCUACACGAACAAUGAGGUGAUAAAACCGACAGCCGGUUGCCCGCUCGAGGACUACACGCUGUACAUCAUCGAUCUACACUUCGGGCGUAUAUCUCACUCCAGGGACUUUCGCGUGGACAAGAUCAUUUUGUCGCACAAUCAGGGCGUCUAUCUGUACAACAGUACGCUCGCGAUCCUAUCCAUCCACCAUCAGUCGAUGUACAUCUUCUCGAUCGCCGAUGGUACAUUCUUUCCGGAGCGCACGAUUGGACGAUUCUGCAGCGGCGAGGACGAGCGAUAUUAUACGAGUGCAUUCACGACGGAACGGGGCUUUGCACCUCCGCCACGCGCCUUUCGCGAACCGACGAUUAACAGUCUAAAGCACCGCAUACUUGUGUUUCUGUUUCGUCAGGCCAAAGCACAGGUAGACCGUGGCGAGGAUCCGCUAGCGUUGCGGAAGUUUUACCGCCGGUUCGAUGAGUACAAGGAUUUGCGCAUGUGGAAAAUGCAGCUGCUAGAUGAUGAUCUACUGCUGAUCAAGUAUGCGCAUGAAGACGUCGUCACGCUGAAAGCACACGAACCAAACAGCCAGUACUCUAUGUUUGUGGUGUACCACAUCUGGGAUAUGCAGAUCAUCUCCGUGUACAGUAAUCAAUCGACGCAACUGCUCGAUCUGUACGAAAACUUUUGUGACAGCUUUCGGAAUGCUUCACACAACCACCGGACGCCGUUUACCUGCUCACCAAGCAAUAAUCUCUACAGCCGGUUGCUACAUACGCGCUUUAAGCAGACAAUCAUUGGAGCACGUGGUGGAAGUGAGGUGGAAGCAACGAAACGCAUACUUGCCCAGUUACCGAUCAGUGCGCAAAGUUACACGAGCUCCCCGUACUUGGAUUUGGGACUGUUCAGCUACGACGACAAGUGGGUAUCGGCAAUGGAACGGCCGAAAGCAUGCGCCGAAUUUCCGAUCCGGUUUUAUGCGCGUGAUUCUGGUUUGCUCAAGUUUCGUAUCUAUGCUGGCAUGGGCCACCAGAUUACUCCCCAUCCGGGCCUACGACGGUUGGUGGCGUUUAUUUUCCAUCCAACGGAACCAUUCGCGAUCAGUGUGCAGCGUAUCAACACAGACUACAUAGCAAACUUCCAUUUAAGGCAUGUACCCAGCACCAAACGAAUGGACGUGUGGCUACCAAAAACGUAACGAAGGGAACUAAUUGUAGCGACAAGAAUUUACCACUUUAAAGAGAAUAAAUUCGAAUUCACACAUUUUCUAUCAACAAGGAUAAACAAAUGGCUCAUUUUUGUAUGGUUAAAAGCCCUCUCCGAACAUCAUUCUCAUACCACCGUUUACCGCACUAAAAGAGUUCAUUCGCGCAGGAAUUACGCAACGAAACCAUAUGCAUUGUUUUGGCGCCUCCUUCCGUAUUGGCGUCAAUCUGACGACAUUCAGUUUAACGAUACGAUCACUGCCGAAAGCUUUAUGCAAAUAGAUUAGUGACACGGGCAAGCAACGCAUACGUGUAAUCGAAUUUAAAACAAAAAAUAUCUUACACCAACGGAACAUUGACCUAUGAUAAGUUGUGCUGCCGCUGGGGUUAAACAUGGUGUACGGGGAAAUUUUUGAGGCAGGCUUUUUCGAUGGGAUCGCCAUAGGCCUAAAGGUGGUACUGCGCAUAGCUAACCUUACUUCGUACACAUCAGUUAAAGGAUGCUACACGUCCCGUACAAGAUAAGGCUUGGGUCAGACCAUACCUAUUAGGAUUUAUAUUUCAAAUUGUUAGCUACCUCGUCAAGACAAUUGUUCACCUCAAAAUUGUUUACCAUCCCUGUCUCGGCGUCUCUGUAGCAAAACGACGCGCUGUCCGCUUUUAAAGGUCAGUGUCAAUGGGUUACAGAAGGUAUAAAACUGUUCAACCGAUAUGGUGUGCAUUGGUUGCGAGGGGAGUUUUUUAAGGUAAGCCCUGCCCCUCCGAUUGAUUAUUAUCACGUGUUUUAUGUAAAUCUGUUCGCUUCCACUUCAGAACCGGGGUUUACCUGGUUUACUUUCUACAUGAGUUUCUUAGUUUUUCACUUCGUCAGUUACUUUUAAUGUCUAUUGAAAUAAAAAAAAGUAUCGCAUGAGCUUGUGAUAUGUAGCAGUCAGAACAAGUUGAGUUCAAAUUUGAAAUGAAAUCGAGUAUUAUCCUAAAAAAGCACACUUCUAUGUAUUUAUGUUUAAACUAUGCUAUCAUGCUACUAGAAUGAACCAUCACUAGCCAGUACUUUAAACCAACAUAACGUUUAAAGGAAAGUACACCGCCCCACAAACCUCAUGAUCAAAACAAACGUACGACAAAUUCCUUCCCACGGGGACGUUAAAGCAGGGCCAAGAGAACCCGCUUCUAUUGCAAUGGUAGCGGUCACCGUGGUUAAUGAAAUGGUGGAAGGUUUUAAUCAAAUGCGGAAUUGCAAAUGACGGUUCACGAAAACCUUUCCACUUUUCUGCUUGUGUGUCUCUUAAUUGUCCAUAUCCCUUACCUUAUCGAACGGUUUUCUGGAUGUUCCCGUGCCCGAAGGACGGAGGUAUAAAACAACCGCCCAACCCUGGAACGGCCGUUCACUUGCAGCUCCGUGGCCUGCCAGUUUGGAUGGUGUUUGUUCGUUGCGUGGUGCGUUUCAUCUGGAUGUUGUGUGCUGCAUAUUGCUGAUCGAUAAAUUUCGGUGGUGUAUCAUUUGGUGGUGCUUAUUGGCGUUCCGAACGAAUCGAUCCUGCUACAGUGCGUUUGCUCGCCGAGCCCAAACCUUUUCGGCGAAACGGCACGUUAUCGGUUCGGGAGCGUGUGAGUGCAUAAAGUGAACCAAGCGCGCGUUUAAAGAAUUAAAGUGACAAAAGACCCACGUGUAACGAAAGACAUACGUAGAAGGAAACAAUUUUUAUACCACGUGGCAGUCAAUACG